AUGGAGAGGAUAGACAAGGCGCUGCCUUUGCUGCAGCAACAAACUUUGUUCAUAGUAGACAACGAGCCCGUGCUGGAGUCGCAUAUAGCAAGCAAUUUAAUUCAUCAGUUAUUAUAUACCUUAUCUAUCCCUCAAAGAAACCUGAGGCUUCGGGAUGAGGCCCUGCUGCUGUGGGGUGGCUCUAAGAGACGAGCUGCAGUCUCUUUAGGAAGAUGGUUAGCUGAAGAGGCAGAGAGCCUCCCCGAAGAAAUUCAAUUUGUGUUUAUAUGCUCUGCAUACACUCGAAUAGACCCCAAGACCUUUGAGGCUUUGCUACAGGAGCUGAAGAUACAGCUGGGAGAUGUAUCAGAUAAGCCUUUUGUUCUUGGCUGGGGGCUUACAGAUGAAAACCCCACAAUCAUUCAUCAUUUUGCUCCUGCAGCUUCUCAGGUGUAUCCUCACCUCGAUGCAGGGACAUUGUGGUCUCGUGCUGCAUUUUUAUCUUUAAAAAAAGCAAUUAAAGAGACGCCUCCUCCUCAGGCAAUUGAACGAGACUUUGUUUAUGAGCUGGCUGUACACCUGAAAAACACGCAGCAGCUUCUGCUGCUGCACUCUCCUUUAUUUUGCUCUACACCUCCAUUAGUAGAAAACUAUGAAAGAAGUCAAAGUACAUAUCCCCCCCUUCAUAUACGACCGAAGCAGCUGCCUGGAUCUGGUGCUGCUGCAUCUGUAGCAGCAGCAGCAACAGCAGCAGCAGCAGCAAGGAAGCAACCCUUGACUGCAGCAGAAACUCAAGCAGCAGCAGCAGCAGAAAAAGUUGCAGCUAUACAUAAAGGAUGUGUCUCCUUUAACAGCGGCACCCGCCACGCCCCUGUCCUUUCACAUCAAAUAUUUGAUGCUCUUAUAGACUUCGAUGAAGACCUCAUGGUGCAGAGAGAGUUGGUCUCGGAGAGGUUUAGUGCAGACGAGAAGAUGGAAGAAGAAUAUAAAAAGGCUAUGGAUGAACUCGAACGCUCAAGACCUGCUUUUAUUGUGGAGCCCCAGGACGUGAUGGUGGUAGUGAAGACGCACUCUGCUAACCACGCAGCACGUUUGCCGCUGCUGCGGAGUUUGUGGGCUUCACGUGAAGUGCUGCAGCAGCAGGCGCAGCAGCACAUGUACGGUGGCUACUCAAUAGAGGGCUCUAGCGAGCAGGAGCAGCAGCAUAUAAAGGAGACAUACAAGCAUCUAUCUAUUCGCUUCCUCUCGGACGUUGCAGACCCCAAGCAAGGCAUUGAAGCUCUGUCUCCUACAGCUACAACUGCUGAUGCAGCAGAUGCAGGUGCUGCUGCAGCUGGUGUGCCGGCCGGGAAGGAAGGUCUCUGUGCUCGGCUGCAGCUUGUAUUGAAAGAUUUUCUUUUAGAGCAGCAUUCUUCACGCCGCUUUCUUAUUAUUGUUGAUGAUGAUACGCUUAUUAACUUCCGACAUCUCUUAGAUUUACUGUCUCUAACUCUACAACCCCCUGUCCCUGCUAGGGGCUUCACUGCCAGUCUCCUUGGAGACGCCCAUGGAUACAGAGCACAUUGGCCUGGCUAUCGUCAGCUAGCUAAAGAUAUUCGAGUCUAUCUAUCAGAAGUUGCUGCAGCAGAAGGACCUGCAGCAGCAGCAGCAGCAGCAGCAGCAGGAAGGUCUGCAGCAACGCCACUGAAAGAUAGUAAAUAUACCUCUGCACAGCUUACUGCUGUCUCUCAGCUGUACGGGCACGGAGGGCCUCGGCCUUUAGAAGCUGUCUCUCCUUUAUAUUUAGGAGAGAGAUAUGGGUAUAGCUUAACAGGAGGAGACAGCAAGUCUUCAUCUGGAAAUGAAUAUGCAACAAUGGGAGGCGGGGUUGUUCUAGAUCGUGCAGCAGUUAAGCUGCUAGUGGAGUGUAUAGACAGCGGGCGGUGCAGAUGUACAGCAGACGGCAGUGCAGAUGAUAUGAUUUUAGGCUUGUGGGCGCAGCAGCUGCAGCUGCCUCUGCUGCAUGCAAGAGGCUUGCAUCAAGAGAGACCUGCAGAUUAUCAUCAUCUUCUUGUGCAUGCAAUAACCCCUGUCUCCUUUCAUAGAAUGGAAAGGACUGUAAAAGGAACGAAGAAGAUAUUUAACGAAUACGUCAACGUAAGCGACCAACCCAGCAGCAGCAGCAGCAGCAACAGCAGCAGCAGCAGCAGCAGCAUCAGUGCGGAUGAUUUAAUGGAGAUAGACUGGAUAGAUUAUGACUGGCAUCAUGUAGAAGACCAUCUAUGGAUAGAAAGAGAAGAGCUUCAAGAAUUAGAUGAAGGAGACCCCACAAUGCCUAGAGGCAUCGGAGACAUCUUCAGCCGCCAUGUCGUUAGAGGCACAAGACCUAUGACACCUGAAGAGCUGCUAGCUCAUGAAGAACUUGAAGAAAUGUCUUCACUGCAUGACGAGCUUUAA